GAGGCGGGGCAGGUGGGCUAUGGUUACCUAGAGAGUGCGUUAGGUACUGUCCUUGUGGCCGGAGGAGAGCGGAGUCGUCUUUCCCUGAUCCCGCUGGGUAGGGCUGUGCUGAGGGGCUGGGCGGGGAGCACAGACUGUGUCCGCUCUCUUGCACCUUUUCAGACUGCCGUGUCGGGCCUCGAGCCGGGCCCACCUGGAGCCCUCCCCUGCCCACCCGCCCCCAGCGCCCGAUUUUCGCCCUCAGCCCAGAAGGGCCGGGCUCGGUCAUCCCCAGUCCCGUCGCGGCCACUGGCCCUUGAGAUCAGUCCUCCCCACCUUCCCGUCCCAGGCCAGCCCAGGGCCCGAAGCCCACCCACCCGCGCCUCUAGCAGCCGCUCUUGUGCUCUGGGUACGGCUCGCGGGAGUGUUGGUUACCAUGGUGAAGCUGGCAGCCAAAUGCAUCCUGGCAGGAGACCCAGCAGUGGGCAAGACCGCCCUGGCACAGAUCUUCCGCAGUGACGGAGCCCAUUUCCAGAAGAGCUACACCCUGACAGCAGGAAUGGAUUUGGUGGUGAAGACAGUGCCGGUUCCUGACACGGGAGACAGUGUGGAACUCUUCAUUUUCGACUCUGCUGGCAAGGAGCUGUUUUCAGAAAUGCUGGAUAAAUUGUGGGAGAGUCCCAAUGUCUUAUGUCUCGUCUAUGAUGUGACCAGUGAACAGUCCUUCAACAACUGCAGCAAGUGGCUGGAGAAGGCUCGGGCCCAGGCUCCAGGCAUCUCUCUCCCAGGUGUUUUAGUUGGGAACAAGACAGACCUGGUCGGCAGGCGAGCAGUGGACUCAGCUGAGGCCCGGGCAUGGGCGCUGGGCCAAGGCCUGGAAUGUUUUGAAACAUCCGUGAAGGAGAUGGAAAACUUCGAAGCCCCUUUCCACUGCCUGGCCAAGCAGUUCCACCAGCUGUACCGGGAGAAGGUGGAGGUUUUCCGGGCGCUGGCGUGAACAGCUGGAGCAGAUCGUGCUGCACAACUGGAGAAGACAGAAUGACCUCUGCACUUUUAAUGUAUAAUGACGGCUUUAAAUAAAAUGAGGAGAAAAUGUC